AUGUUGCAAAACGUUGAGUUGCCACAUGUUGUCUCAACUGCUGCUGCCGACAGCGAUGGCAAUGGCUUCAAUCAAUCAUUCAUGGCUCAUAUGUUGCCAAAUGCCAGGCCAAGUGUCAGCACAAGUCUUGGUCUCGACCUCAGUCUCAGUGCCAGCUCAAGUCCCUUUCCUUAUCCCACUCCCAAUCCCUUUCCCAGUGGCAGUCCAAGCCCGGAGCUGUUGCUGCUGCACAAUGACAAAUUUCUAACACAUUUCGCUCAACUGCUGAACAUAACGACAGAGAAUCUAACAAAUCUGCUUAGCACUAACAGCACAAAUGGCACUACAACAACAAUUGCAGACUUCAAUUCGGAUGAAUCCCAAACGCUUCUCAUCGUUUUGACCGUCUGUUAUGUGAUCAUCUUUGUCGCUGGAGUUCUAGGCAAUCUAAUCACUUGCAUUGUCAUCUCGCGGAACAAUUUUAUGCACACGGCAACCAAUUUCUAUCUGUUCAAUUUAGCUGUCUCUGAUUUGAUAUUGCUGGUUUCAGGCAUACCCCAGGAGCUAUACAAUUUGUGGUGUCCCAACUCGUAUCCCUUCACAGACGGCAUAUGCAUACUGGAGAGCGUCUUCUCCGAAAUGGCUGCCAAUGCCACGGUCCUCACAAUCACGGCCUUCACCGUGGAGCGAUAUAUUGCCAUUUGUCAUCCAUUUCGGCAACACACCAUGUCAAAGUUAUCGCGAGCCAUUAAAUUCAUUUUUGCCAUUUGGAUGACAGCAUUUCUUUUGGCGCUGCCGCAGGCAAUGCAGUUCUCGGUGGUCAACCAAGAUGAUGGAUACUCAUGCACGAUGGAAAAUGACUUUUACGCCCAUGUAUUCGCCGUCUCGGGAUUUAUCUUCUUUUGCGGACCCAUGACCGCGAUAUGUGUGCUGUACGUGUUGAUUGGAAUGAAGCUGAAGAGGAGUCGAUUGCUGCAGGCGUUGCCCCGAAGAGCCUACGAUGCGAACCGGGGCGUAAAUGCGCAGGGUCGAGUCAUCAGAAUGUUGGUAGCUGUAGCCGUUGCCUUCUUUCUCUGCUGGGCGCCUUUCCAUGCCCAAAGGCUGAUGGCAGUUUAUGGCCUAUCGCUGAUUAAUGUCUGUCGUUGUGCGGAAUCCUUCAACGAUUACUUCCGCAUACUGAACUACACAUCUGGCGUACUUUAUUUUCUAUCCACCUGCAUUAAUCCGUUGCUCUACAACAUCAUGAGUCACAAGUUUCGAGAGGCUUUCAAGAUAACGUUGACACGUCAGUUUGGUUUGGCCAGAAAUCAUCAACGCAGUCAAUACCAUCAGCAUAACUACAGUGCGCUGAUGCGACUCCAAGGCUCAAUGAGACUUCCACCCGCAAGCUGCAGUGUCAACAACAAUGCCUUGGAGCCUUAUGGAUCCUAUCGAGUGGUGCAGUUCCGUUGCCGCGAUGCCAAUCACCAGCUGUCGAUGCAGGAUAGCAUUCGAACCAACACCACAACAACAACAAUUAACAGCACCAGUCAGACGGGAUUUGGUGGAGGCGGAGGUGGAGGCGGAGGCGGAGGCGGAGGCGGAAGUGGGGCAAGGCGUCUACGCAAACACGAUUUGUAUGCCGCAAGUCCGGGUAGUGCUGUGCCACAUCGAUUGUUGCAGUCGCAGGUGUGCAACACACACACCUUGCACGACACAGAAGGAGGUGCGGGCGGGGGGCGUGGCAAGCGCACAUUGCUUGCAACGAACAAUGGAGCACUGCUCCUGUCGCCUUCAGCAGAAUCCCCGGCUGAGGAGAACACACAACCGCCGUCGACACGAUUGAAGCUAUCGCGAGUCAUCAGUCGACGGGAUGAGGCAGCAUAUAGUGGCAGCAGCAGUUUGCCGGAGCAGGAGACUUGCCACAACAGCGAUGCCACAGCGGACGAGGUACGCAGGUUUCCAUGGCGCAAGAAACGCCAAAAGCCAAAAGUGGCCAACAACAAUGAGACAGGUGCGGGGACACUUGGCUAUGCCACGCCCAAGUCGCUGUGAUAAACGCUCGCGGAUUUGGCGCUGAUUGAAAAUGUCAAGACAGCUCUGAAAUUUACGAGUAGUUAGUGAGUAACGCAAGUGAAUAUAGAUAGCACUAAACGGGAGUAUAUUUAUCAUUGUUUUUAGCUAGUCAAUAGAACUGCACAGAAGUUAACUUCUUGUCAAGUCAAAGUAGAAGGUUCAAUAAACUUUGGCGCCCACGCGAUUUGCAUGCAUAUUUAUGGCCAAAAAAAUGACAACGACUGCAUUUGGCCCGGCCCAGACGAUUUAUGCCAGGCAUAAAGCAAAAGCUAAUGAAGGCUGGAAUGAAACUGUCGAACUGACAUCGUCGUUGGUCGCCUAGUACUUAAGCUUAAACAUAAAUUAAGUGUUAAGAGGCAACAAGUAAAUAAACCUAAUAAAAAUUGUUACUUACAUGCACCAAAAGA